UAGAUGGAAUCUGACACAGGGUUUUAAAGUUUAAAUAUAACUGUAUAUUUCACAGAGAACACCUUCGGAGACUGAAUGUGCGAAUGAAUGUUCGUUCAGUGUAUACGGAACGGUACUGUUUUAUUGCGUACCUUGCGCGGAAAGCUGAGUGUAAGUGAUAUAUGUGGAAAAGAUGAAAACUUGAGAUGGACGAGCCUAGAACAUGGGACAAGCGGAUUAGUCAAUUAAAAAUUUCGGUGAAGAAGUAAGGGUAACGGUGAUCGCUGUUAAUUGGUUAGAAGAACUGAUAAGAAAAGAAGAGAACUGACCGCCCCAAACUGAAGCCCCCAAACGUAGAUACGGAGCGUACCAUCGAGCGACGCACGCGGAAAUCGCGCGUGUCCCAACAUUUAAUCGUUAGUUACAGUUAAUAAAACCGGGGAGCGCCUCGAUAAUGCAUCGUAAAAAUAAGGGAUUCGACGGCAAACAUUAAACCUUAUUUCAGGCAGAUUUUAGGCAGAACAGGCAGAAUUAGUGGUAAUAAAGACUAAUUUUCAGCACGGCAGUAACGAUUUUUUGGGGAUUAUUGCUGGUCCGAGUGAAUAUGUCAAGGGAAACAUAGACGGAGAAAUAAGACUGGAGAAGAUACAUGGCAUCUUUAGAAAAUUAGAAACGGUUAUUCUCGAACGGUGUUGUGACUGAAGAAAUGGCCGAGUGUUUAAUGACUGGAUCGUGUAUGUUUUCCACGGUGGUGUUAUGUAUAAUACUACUCUUACUGCUACUAUAUCUAGGAUCGCGGAAACCGAAAGGAUACCCACCAGGUCCAAAAUGGUGGCCAAUUUUGGGCUGCGCCAUCGAACUGACUCGUCUUCGCAAGAAAACUGGUUACAUGUUCAAGACCUGUUUCACUUUAUGUAAGAAAUAUGGGCCGGUGGUCGGUCUGAAAGUCGGCGUGGACCGUAUCGUCAUACUAAAUGAUUAUGAGAGCAUUCGGACAAUGUUCGCUAAUGAAGAUUGCGAUGGAAGACCGCUUGGUCUACUUUACGAUGUGCGAACUUCCGGUUGUAGGAGAGGAUUAAUUCUCGUGGAUGGAAAUUUGUGGAUCGAGCAAAGAAGAUUCGUGUUGAAACAUCUCCGUGACCUCGGCUUCGGUCGGCAAGACAUGGCUGUAAUAAUACAAGAAGAGUGCCGAUCGCUCGUUGAACACAUCAAAAAGUUAAUCAGCGACGAACAUAAUAAUCGAAUUAACGAAUCUAAAAUGUAUUGCAACAAUAACGAGUAUGACAAUGGACAGAUAUAUCGAUUAAUUGAAAAAGAUAAGGCGAACGAGUCAGAAUUAAUGGAGAAGCAUACAACGAGUGAAAAGCAAGUAAAAGCCUCGGAUUUGUACGUAAAUGCUUACGAAUACGUGGAGAUCAAGAUGGCUCAAUCCCAUCCUGGAACGAUAAUUCCAAUGAACGACGUGUUUGGAAUUACAGUACUCAAUACUUUGUGGAGAAUGAUAGCUGGUAAAAGGUUUAAUAUCGGUGACGAGGAGCUAACUUAUUUCCAACGGAUUCUGACACAGGCUUUAACGAAAAUCGAUAUGUUAGGAGCACCGUUUGGUCAUUUUCCGCUACUGAGAUUUAUCGCGCCAGAAAUGUCCGGUUACAAAUCGUUCGUGGAGGUUCAUCGACAACUUUGGGAGUACUUGAAGGAUGAACUGGAUACUCAUAAGAACGACUUUGCACCAGACUCGCCGCGAGAUUUAAUGGACGUAUAUCUAACUGUUUUGAACUCUAAAAAUUAUAACAACACGUUUUCAGAAUCUCAAUUGCUUGCCAUUUGUAUGGAUUUAUUUACAGCAGGUUCAGAAACUACGUCCAAAGGUCUUUGCUUUUGUUUUUUAUAUUUAGUGCUAUUCCCGAAAGUACAGAAAAAGGCACACGAAGAAAUAGAUAGAGUAAUUGGACGUAACAGACUUCCAACUCUAGAAGAUCGGACGAGAAUGACAUAUAUGAACGCCAUCGUCUUGGAAUCACUGAGAUUCUUCGCAGGACGAACGUUAAAUGUUCCACAUAGAGCACAAAGAGAUACUACGAUAUUGGGUCAUACGAUACCAAAAAAUACGAUGCUUUUGGUAAAUUUCAAUAGAGUAUUAAUGGAUGAAUCAUGGGGCGAUCCCGAAAACUUCCGACCAGAAAGAUUUAUAGACGAAAGUGGUAAUAUCAUUACGCCACCCACGUACUUGCCAUUUGGCUUGGGCAGACGUCGUUGUAUGGGGGAGAAUUUAGCUAGAAGCAAUACAUUUAUUAUAGCUACUACUCUGUUACAAGCAUUCACAUUUUCCACAGUACCUGGAGAAGAACCAUCGACAGAAGAUUUUGUCGAUGGAGUCACCAUUAGUCCUAAACCAUUCAGGGUAAUGGUUUCUUUAAGGACGUAAUUAAGUACGAAAGCGUUUAAAAUAAUUUCACUCAAAAGUAAUGGCAAUUUUUAAUCGACUUAAUCCUUAUACGGUUUAAUUGAUAUCAAAAGAUUAUUAUGAAAAUAAUAUCUUUGUUAAUGUAAACUUAUAAUGCAGUAUAUGUAGCAAAUAGCGUACAGUAAUUACAAUAGUUCUAAGUAAGCGUAUAUUUUAAUGUUCAAAAAAAUAUAUUUUAUUUUAUAUGAAAAUACAUGUGUAUGUAUAUA